UGUGACUUCUAUCUUCCCUACACAAGAUUCGAUCUUGAUAACCGCUGGCCAGGUUUUUGAGGUGGAUGUGCUGCCGUGCAGUCGGUGCAGUUCUCUGUCUUGCUACUGCAGACAGGCUACACAUUUGGAAGUUUCCUGUUUGUCUGGUGCCUAGCAUGGCUUGAGAUUGAGUUGUGCUGGCGGCUAACAGUUGGUACUCAAUUACUAGAGUCCAUACUAAUUGAACACAGACUGAGCUACUGUAUAUGCUCACACACUGCUGUCUAAACUGUCUGUGCGAAGUGCUGAGUGCUGGAGAAUUUGGACGCAAGACGGCAUGACGAAUUCACAAGGAUGUCGACAGCGGCGACAACCAACCCUCGGGCGCCUCACAGCACACACAUACCUAGCACUACUACUCCUGUGCGGCGGUGCCGUAGCUGACACGGCACGAGCGCAAUCACUUGACGCGGCGGCAGCGGACGAGGCGAGCGCGAACCGCUGCAUCUGGUACGGGCAGUGCGGCGACAACGCCAGCGGCAACGCCAAGCUCAACUGUAAGUACACGGGCGAGGCGCCGUGCCUGGACGAGAGCGGAGAGCACUACCGCCUGCUGGCCGAGACCUGCCCGAUGCUGGUCGACGAGCAGCCGCGUAACGAGACUCGCGCCUGCUGCGACCUGGCUCAGGUUAAGACGCUGCACAAGAGCCUGGGUCUGUCGGAGGCGCUGCUCAGCGGCUGUCCGUCGUGCGCCUACAACUUCCGACAGCUCUUCUGCUACAGCACGUGUAGCCCGAACCAGCAGCAGUUCAUGGCGUACGCGAGGAACAACGCCGGCGAGAAGUUCGGCGAGUUCCCGUCGGACACGGGCAAGACUAUCGCCGAGCUAGCGCAGGAGGACUCCACCUGCGUGCUGAACAGCACCGACGUCGAUGAUGUCAUGGAUGAUGUCAGCGGAGCGGUGGUGAAUCAUACGAGCGUGCAGGCCGUGCAGUACUGGUUGGAUCGGGAGCAGGCCAUGGCGUUCUUUAACUCGUGCAAGAACGUGCAGUACUCGUCGACGCAGACGCGUGUCAUCGGCAUGCUGUGCGGUCGCGCCGCCGACGCCUGCACCAUGCCGGAUUUCUUCACAUUCCUCGGCUUGCCACCAAACUCGCCAUUCAAGAUCAUGUUUGAGCUGGUCGCACGCAACGAGACGCAGCACAACGUGUCGGCGCCCAUGAACGCCACGUCCAAGCGCUGCGACGAGGCGGUGAUGCCGCUGAACAAGACGUGCAGCUGUCAGGACUGCCCUUCACCCAAGCUGUGCCCCUUGCUGCCGCCGAUUCCCAAGCAGCAUCACUUCACCAUAUUCGGGUUUGACGGCUUCACGUUUGUGGUGCUUGUCAGCUACGCCGCCAUUCUGGCCAUCUCUAUGCUAGUCCUUGCGUGUCAUUUUCAGCGCACGUUUAACCACAGUUGGCGACCAGUCCCCGGCGUGGAAGAUGCCGGAUCCGAUGAGUCUGCGCCUCUUCCAUCCCCCAAGGGACCCGCCAACUUCACACCUCCGGACGUUGGCUGCUGGCAGAAGAUGGAGGAGAAGGGUGCUGCGCUGGAGUUGUCGUUGAAGGAAGCCUUCCGCAGCUGGGGAAUCCUUGUGGCCAACAAUCCCGUCAUUGUGUUGGCUGUAUGUUCAGUGGUGACAGGAGGUCUUAUUGCCGGCGUCUACUUCUUCAAGGUUGUGACUGAUCCCGUGCAUCUGUGGUCGUCACCAAGCAGCGAGUCCAGACUACACAAACAGUACUUUGAUGAGCAUUUCGGUCCCUUCUAUAGACCAGAGCAGAUUAUAAUCAAGGCACCGGAAGGCACGGCGUGGACGACCGAGGAGAUUGAUUCCUUUUCAUCGCCGUACGCAGCCUCGGCCGCGUUUGGUCCCAUAGUGCAUUACCCGUUCCUGUUGGAGGUGCUGCGCUUGGAGAACCGCGUUCGUGAGCUGCAGGCGCCGUUCUCCGAGCCGGGCCCCAACGGUACCACGGUAACGCGAAACAUCACGCUCUCCGACAUCUGCUUCAAGCCGCUGUCGCCGGCCAACGACGCGUGCACGGUGGAGAGCGUGUCGCAGUGGUUCCAGCACAACGAGACGCGCCUGAACCUGACGUUCGUGAAGCCGCUCGAGAGCAUAUUCACGACCACGCUGGACUGGAGGAAUCACAUCUAUCACUGCGCCUCAGCGCCGUUCGACACGAACAGCCAGAACGCCGACGGCCUAAACAUCUCCUGCAUGGCGGACUAUUCGGGUCCCGCCAUGGCCAACGUGGUCCUGGGGGGAUACCCCGGAGAUGCUUACACCAACGCCACCGCUUUGCUAGUCACGUUCGUUGUCAAUAAUCAUGUCAACGAGGAAGAGAACAAGAUGGCAGAGGCGUGGGAAAAACGUUUCCUAGAUUUCAUUCUGUACGAGUAUGAGAACAGUUUGGACCUGUCCAUCGCUGUCAAUGCUCAGCGCUCCAUCGAGGACGAGGUGAACCGAGAGAGCGCGGCGGACGAGAUGACGAUAGCCAUCAGCUACCUGCUCAUGUUCUGUUACAUUGGCUUCACGCUCGGCCAAUACAGUCUCACCUAUCCCGCCAGGAAUCUUAUCGACUCCAAGGCUCUCAUUGGCCUGAGCGGUGUGCUGAUCGUCUUGUGUGCGGUGGGCGCAUCGCUUGGUUUCUUUGCCUACCUCGGUGUCCCGGCCACGUUGAUCAUCGUCGAAGUAGUGCCUUUCCUGGUUCUGGCCGUUGGCGUUGAUAAUAUCUGCAUCCUCGUGCAGUCUCAUCAGAGAGAUGAGAAGCGGGACGGCGAGACGGACAUUGAACAGUUCGGUCGCAUCGUCGGCGAGGUGGCACCCAGCAUGCUGCUGACAGGUGUCAGUGAAUCCACGGCAUUCUUCCUGGGUGCUCUGUCCACCAUGCCAGCAGUACGCACGUUCUCCCUCUACGCCGGCAUGGCCGUGUUCGUCAACUUCCUUCUGCAGAUCACCUGUUUCCUGGCACUGAUGUCCCUGGACAUGAGAAGACAGAGGAGCAAUCGCCUGGAUGUGUUCUGCUGCGUACCGCUCAGCAAGAAGCACACCGGAGAGCUGCAGGCCAGCGGUGGCCUGAUCUUCACCUUCAUGCAGGACAUGUACUCGCACUUCCUCAUGCUCUUCCCGGUGCGCGUCUGUACGAUGAUCUUCUUCACGCUAAUCUUCUUCGGCAGUCUGACGCGCAUUCCGCAUCUCGACGUCGGCUUGGAUCAGACGCUCGCAUUGCCAAAGGAUUCCUACCUUCUGAAAUACUUCCAUGAGAUGAACGAAGUGUUUCGUGUCGGUUCGCCUGUCUACUUUGUCGUCAAGGACGGCUUCGACUAUGCCGAAGAUGUGGACAAGAUCUGUACAACGUCCGGCUGCAGUCCCUACUCGCUGGGAGCUCAACUCAGCAUGGCCUCCAAACAAUCUAACUAUACCCGGUUAGCAACGUCCGCAUCGUCCUGGGUCAAUGACUAUCUGCAGUGGAUAUCGCCGUCCGUCAGCUGCUGUCGGCUGGUCGAGGGUAACUACACCGAGUUCUGCAAUGCUUCUGUGACGCCGGAAGAAGCAACGUGCACACCUUGUCUCAAGCCAUCGGACGUGGCGACCGGACAUCCGGACAAGGAGAUCUUCAUGAAGUUCAUGAACAAGUUCUUGGCUGACAUCCCCGGCAAGGACUGCGCUAAAGGAGGAAAGGCAGCAUACAACGCUGCGGUGAACCGGACUCCGAGUGACAUCAACUCCCCGGUGGAAACAGUGCGCUCCAGCUACUUCAUGGCGUACCACUCGGUGUGCCAGACAUCACAGGAUUACACUCAGGCUCUGAAGCAGGCGCGGCGAAUUGCCGCAAACAUCUCCACAACUCUCGGCGUGGAAGUCUUCGCCUACAGCUACUUCUACGUGUUCUAUGAGCAGUACUUGGAUCUGGUGCACGAGUCCAUGGUCAAUUUGGGACUUUGCUGUGCUGCCAUCUUCACCUGGUCGUUCAUUCUGAUGGGUUUCAGUGUGAGCUCGGCACUCAUCACGUUAGUGACGGUCGUCAUGAUCGUGGUGGACAUCAUGGGAGUCAUGUACUACUGGGGGAUCAGCUUCAAUGCCAUCUCGCUGGUCAACCUCGUCAUGGCGGUUGGCAUCUCUGUUGAGUUCUGUGCCCACAUUGUUCGCAAGUUCAGCGUAUCCUGCAAGCCGACGCGUAUCGAGCGUGCCAAGGACGCCCUUGCACACAUGGGCAGCUCGGUGAUUAGUGGUAUAACUCUCACCAAGUUUGUAGGUAUCGUGGUGCUAGCAUUUGCCAAGUCACAGCUUUUCCAGAUCUUCUAUUUCCGUAUGUACUUGUGUAUGGUGUUGUUCGGAGCUACCCACGGCCUCAUCUUCCUUCCCGUCCUGCUGAGCUUUGUCGGUCCCAGGUGCCCGACGGUUAGUUCCGUUCGCUCACAGCUCACAGAGAGGACACCUCUGCUGGGACACAGAGCCCAAUAGGCACACACAGUCAUCGCCGCUGAGCUUUGGUGGUGGCUGCGGAAAUCGAAGUCCUACCCAGCUGGUGCCGUCGAAAUGCCGUCGCUUUUUUGGGACGUGUUUCGACGUGGCGGGAGACCACUCAUAGCAACAGCACCAAAUAUCUCAUCUCUCUCCCUCUCUCUCGUGUUGAGUGAUGCUCUGCGGAACUGGCAAAGUGUCGCGCUUUGACUGAGGCCCUCUCACGUGAGGACGUUGGAACCUUGUAUACGCUCCUGAAUAUAUUAUGCUAUUAUGCUUUCGUGUAUAUACUACUGAGCUAAUCCCAUCCCUUGGAGAAUUUUAUUUCAAGCUUGCAGAAGUCUCUCUAACUGAGUCUGACCUGAACCCUGACCAUUUUGUUUGUUGCUUUACUACCAUGAAUCGAAUUAUCAUCCGCGCUAUUUGUUUUUUUACCGCUCCCCUCUACGAUAGGUGCGCCUGUCCGCAACAAUUUCAUUGGCAUUAUCCUGGCUCACAUCCUUUUCGCGCAUAUUUACACAAUGCCGCUGCUUGAUUUUCAUGUACGUAUGGCUCGCACCGGGCCUAUCACUGUCGUAUCCGAGAAGGAAGAUGAAGAAAUUCUUUACUCUUGAGAAUCUUGUCGCCUGCUUUUUUCUGCCGUUGCUGUCGGUUUGCUAAUCUUUUCGUGUCAUCACGCAUACUCGCAUAGCAUUAGUUCAACUGCUACUUUAGGGUGGGCAUGGAUUUCAUUAUGGUUGUGUGUAUGCUUUGUAGUGCCACCAUUAAAAUUAAUUUUUGUUCCGAUCCCUAGUCCCCUGACAGAAGCUCAGUACCCGCUUCUGUGGUGUUGUCAAUCUGUCCUCUACACCUGCACCGUUUCUACCCAGUGUAUCCAUUUUUAAAGUCAUCUAUUUACAACUCUUGCCUGGCUUUUGUUUUACAGUAAUUUUGUAUUACCCCAAUGAACUUAGAAUUUGACACGUA